AUGUAUGGAGAUACAGAUUGUAUGGGCUUAUGGGAGGUAUGGGGAGACAUGGGGACAUGGGACCCAUACCCUCCAUACCGGCCCAUACUGCCAUACGUGUGUGAAUUUGCUGAUGUCGUCGUAAAGUUUGUACUCAAGUAUGGAAGGGAUGCCCACCAUGCUAUGGCUGCAGCUGACAGAGCUCCCAAGCUGUACUCCUGUGAGCCUUUUGAGAUGUGUGGUGGCUAUUGGGGCCUUAAGAUGGUUGUCAUGGGCUGUGUGGAAGGAAAGGCCCUGUCUCAUGUUCCAGCUACCCCUGCAAUCAAGGAGGACAUUAUGCAGUGUGUUGCUGUUUUACAUGAUUUGGGUCUUGCUCAUGGUGACUUACACGAAGAGAACUUUAUCAUUGACAGCCACACAAAGCUGGUCAGUUUGAUUGACUUUGACAUGGCAGUCUGUGAUAAGUUGCCUCCAUCUGUCCAUCGAUACCUUGAUGAAUCAUCUCUGGACCCUUUUCAAAGAAUUCUGAAGUACUGUGCAGUGCCAGACGAUGAUGACUAUGCGUGGGGCAUGUUUGAAAGGGACAGGACUGUUAAUGCGAAUUUGGACUCGAGCAUGCUGAGAUCCUUAGUGAAGAGAACCCUAUAG